AUGUGCCACCUCUCGAUCUUCUGGCACAACUGUGACCAUCUCAUCCCCAUGACCCUCACCUGUCCCUUCCAGGAUCUCCCAUCGCACACCAUAGAACCAACAUCAACUGCCCUCCUUGGCGAACCCUGCCCCCUCUGCAGACAGCAAUACCCCCCAAACAAACAAACCCUGACCACCCACCAGAGUCUCCUAACCGCACAAACACUCGCCUCCAUCCUGAAUGCCUCCGUCGCGCAACCAGGCUUCCUAGACAUGGUGGCCAGAUUCUUCGCCCGCGGCGACCACAAACGGUUCGACCAGCCCGGCCCCGAAAAAGCAGUCUAUGACCAAAGCGACGAAUACCUAGACGCCUUGGCAGAGGAGUCCCGGCUAGCCGUACAGACUCUCGACCUAAACCUAUACCUGGACCUAGACCUGGACGAUCUGUGUGAUCUCCCCCCAGCUCCAAAUCCAGAUACAGAGGCGCAGGACGGGCACACAGAGUCGAAUACGUCCACGCCGACGGCGGUAGCAAGCUGGGACGGGUUGAACUGGGAGGGCCGGAAUGUGCACCCCUCGGCAGGGUUCUAUUACUAUUCGACUGGGUCCGGACCGAAAACUGAAACCGAGCAAGCGCAUACGCCUACGCCUGCACCUCAGCAACUGCUGGCAGCCGGACGGACAAGUGAUAUUCCUGCCCACGAAGGCGUCGGCGACGGGAACCGGGACUGGAAUGGAGCCCGGGACCAGCUGCAAGCCGUGACGGAUGUAGUGCCAUAUACGCCUGUCCCUGUCACGAUACCGAUGGGAGUGGGUCACGGCUCGUCUUGUGCUCUUGCGAGGAGGGGAAGAAACCGGCGAGGGGAGUCAAUUGAUCCUUCCUCUCCGCAUGCGCCGCGGAAGAGGUACGAGAUGCCGCGUGCCAUGCUCGUGAGGCGGAUUACGCAGCGGAGGAAUGGGAAGAAGAGGCAGGAGAUGGUGUCGAUUGGGAAGUCACCGCUGGCGCGGGAAGAACACCAUCGCAGGAGGGACAAGAGAGAGGAGUGA